GGGGCGACGGGACGGGGCGGGGCGGUACCGUGCUGUGCCGGCAGCGCUAACCUCCGCCCUCUUUCCCCACCUUCUGGUGGUGCACGCAGGGACUGCGGCUAUGUCGAGCCUGGUGGCGGCCACGUGCGACGGACAGGGCCCGCAGCCCGCCGAGAAGAAGCCGCUGAAGCCCUGCUGCGCCUGCCCGGAGACCAAAGCGGCGCGGGACACCUGUAUCAUUGAAAAAGGGGAGGAGAAUUGUGGGCCUCUUAUUGAGGCCCAUAAGGAAUGCAUGAGAGCACUGGGAUUUAAAGUAUAAGCAAGAUGAAUAAUGGAGCUAUGCGUGUGGUGACUUGCUGUGGGGUGACUGAUUUUUCCAGGGAAUUGAAGGAUAUCAAGUUAUUUCUGCAGGCUACUUCAAGGGACAACCUUAAUAAUGAGAGCUAUUUAUAUAUAGAGAGAGAUAUAUAUAUAUA